AACUGGGCCAUUUUCUCGUUGCGUUUCCAAGUCGCUGUUGAGGCCAAAGAGUUAUGGAAGUAUUUUGACAGUUCUUGCCCCCAUCUUGCUUCGCCCAUAACUGCUGCAGAAACUGUUACUGCUGAAAAAUGGCAAAAGAACGAGAACCUUGCAAAGCACCUACUCACACAAUGGAUCCCCGAUUCCACGGCUCUUUGCAUUCGUACCCUUGCCAAUGUUGCGACCAUGUGGGCUGAGAUCAUUCGUGAGUACACAGAAAAAGGCGCAUAUGUGCAAAUGGACCUU